AUGUUUACCUUCAAAACUGUUUUACCUCGUGUGUCAUACCGUUCCACACAAGUUUCAAGAUCCUUUACCUCUUCACUUAUAAGGAAAAACGCAAAUUCUGAUUUGGAUAAAUCAAUUGAUGAAUUGGUGAAUAUCAAACUAUCCACGGAGAAGUCGAAAGUACCUGAAUUAGACCAAGAAACAAUUUCUACGUCUAAACUCAUAGAUACUUUUAACCAGUAUGAACCUAAAGUUAUGUCUGAAGAAGUGGUAGCGCCAGGUUCCAAGAAUCCAAUCCCAAUUAAUGCCGAAUUGAAUUACUAUGCGCCUUUGAAGCAUGAGGUUAAAUACGGGCAUCUUAAGGCAGAAGUUAUAUUCAAGUGUUUUGACCCUGUUAACGUGGAGUUUUUCUGUGAUUUUGCAUUAAGAGCUGCGUAUUAUCUCGGAUUACCAGCAACUGGCCCAAAACCAAUUCCUACAAAGAGGGAGAGAUGGACAGUCAUCAGAGCACCAUUCGUUCAUGCAAAAUCUAAGGAAAAUUUUGAAAGAAAAACACACGGCAGAAUGAUCAAAAUUUGGGAUUCAGAUAACGAAGUCAUUGAUUUAUGGUUGUCCUACUUGAAGAAAAACUCUGUCUGGGGUGUCGGGGUUAAGGUUAACAUGUACACCAGCGAACCAUUACAAUUAUCCGAUAAAAUGGAAUCUAUUGAAGCUAACAAAAAGGCCUUGGAUGAGUUAUCUGCUUCAAUUGAAACUUUAUCUAAGGAUACCGGAAAUCCAGUCUCUCAAAAGGUUUUGGAAUUAUUAAAGGACCCAGUUUUCACUAAGCAUAUGUCAAAUAAAGAAAUCGAACAACUCAAAUCAUCCAGUUAA